CGCCACAGCCCCGUGCGCCUCCGUGCGCCGUCUCGCGUAAACAAUAAUAAAAACACGCGAUGUCCCCCCGCCACUUAUGAUAACACGGCCGCGCGUUUUGGUGUAUUUAGUUCGCAUUUUGAUGUAUUCAUUUCUCGUGUCGAUAGUGUUUUGUGUACCGCACCGGUUAUAAAAGCGUGUCUUUUUAGUGCCAUUUUUUCUAAGAUAGUAUUAACGAUAUCUCGCCAGUACAAAGUUUAAUAUUCUUGCCUUUCUGCGUAAUAGAAUUUAUUAGAAGCUUUCGAUUGUAAAGAGUUAGGCGCGCUAGUUAGAUUUAGGACUAGUUGGUACGGUUUUAUAUAUAGAUAUAUUAAAAAGCGUUUCGAUGUCGCUUAUUUGUGGAGAAACCGGCGGUCCCCUAAUGUCUGAACCACUCUUGAGUUUAUACAAAUCACCCAUGUCAGGGUGUGCCUUCCUGACCUAUUUCAAUCCAGAAAGUGCAUCUAGUGCACAGUCGGCCCUACAUGAAAAACGGACGCUACCAGGGAUGAACCGGGCAAUACAGGUGAAGCCAGCGGACAGCGAGAACAGAGGAGAUCGGAAGCUGUUCGUUGGUAUGCUCAGUAAACAGCAGACGGAGGAGGAUGUGCGCCAGUUGUUCACGCCGUUCGGGACUAUAGAAGAGUGCUCCAUACUACGGGGUCCGGACGGCGCGAGUAAAGGUUGUGCAUUCGUGAAGUUCAGUUCACACCAGGAAGCGCAAGCGGCCAUCACAAGCCUGCACGGAAGUCAAACUAUGCCGGGAGCCUCCUCGAGUUUAGUGGUGAAGUUUGCGGAUACAGAGAAGGAGAGACAGCUGAGACGGAUGCAGCAGAUGGCCGGCAACAUGAGCCUCCUCAACCCCUUCGUGUUCAAUCAGUUCGGUGCCUACGGAACAUACGCACAAGUUAUUACUGAGCAGCAACAAGCGGCGUUAAUGGUGGCGGCGACCGCGCAGGGAUACAUCAGCCCCAUGACGGCGCUGGCGUCGCACGCACUCAACGGAAUGGCCAACUCCGUCGUGCCGCCAACAUCAGACAACUUCACGGGUCUGGCGAUAGGCACGGGUGGUCAGCCGCUAAACGGUGCCUUGCCUUCUCUGCCUUCGCCGACAAUGCCGAGCUUCAACAUGGCGGCGCAGACGCCCAACGGCCAACCGCCGCCGCAGGACGCAGUUUACACCAACGGUAUACAUCAAACGUUUACCGGCCCGGUGCCCGUGACGCAGGGUAUUCCCAACGGUGAGGCGGCUCUGCAGCACGCCGCGUACCCCGGCAUGCAACCGUUCCCGGGAGUCGCUUACCCAGCGGUAUAUGGCCAGUUCCCGCAACCCAUCCCACCUCCGAUGUCGACUAUUGCGCCGGCGCAGAGAGAAGAUUUUCUUGUGUUUCCAGGCUGCUCCAUCUCGGGGCCCGAGGGCUGCAACCUCUUCAUAUACCACUUGCCCCAGGAGUUCGGAGACGCUGAGCUAAUGCAGAUGUUCCUACCUUUUGGAAAUGUUAUCAGCAGCAAAGUGUUUAUCGACCGGGCUACUAAUCAAAGCAAAUGUUUUGGCUUCGUUUCAUUCGACAACCCAACGUCGGCCCAGGCGGCGAUCCAGGCGAUGAACGGUUUUCAAAUCGGCAUGAAACGAUUAAAGGUGCAAUUGAAGCGGCCCAAAGAUGCCAACCGACCUUACUAACCUUAGACGCCGUCCCCGCGCGUUCCGACAAGGCUCAGAUGUGGCGAACGAUUUCGCCGCCUGGCCCCGGACCGCGCGCUAUCAGCCGUUUUAAGAAGUUUAAUAAACAUUGAUUGUAUAGUAAAUAUCAUUAACUACAUUACUUAUAUUGAAUAUGCAAGCCCGAGGCGGCGAGUAUACUAUAUUAGUUAAAGUAAAUUAUUGAACAGCGCGUAGGAAGCUUCAUUCUUAUCAUUAUCGAUUAAUCAUUAAAUUACUCUAUUAUAUUAUUAUAUAUAUACAAUUUAUUAACUUUGAUUAAAUUAUUAUUAUUAUUAAAAAUGACACGUUAUAAAAUUUUGUCAUUCGUAAUCAUACUUCUACUUCUAAGUACUUAAUAUUUAACUGAAACUUUUAACAUAAAUUUAUUAUACUAGUUAUUUGCUUGAAAAAAGCCAAACUGAAUUUAUUAAGUAAGUCGAAAGUGUAAGAACAAAUGUAUUUUAAUUAUCGUAUAUUGCAUUGUAACGCCGGGGCGGCGCCUGCGUCUUUGCCCUCCGUCGUUCGGUUGUUAGAGUCGAGGGCGCCGAACUAAACACUAAGGGCGCCGGCAGUCGUUACUUUGGUCGUCACGCGUCAGUAGCCGGCAAAGACGGCCGCCCCCCGGCCGCCACCUGUCGCCUCCCCGCCGCGCCGACCUCAUAAGUGUAAGCCGCGAAUCGCGAUGUAUAUCACUGUCGGAGUAAAUCGUCCUAUAUUUUGUUAAAUUAUAUUACGUGUGUGUCUGUAAGCUACCCCGCUGGGCUGGCUCGGAAGUCGAGCGUCGGACGAGACUGCAGCGAUUUCGUUGCGACUCGCCCGCGAUCGGCUCAGCGCCGUCUACGUAUUAGUGACCGUCGCCACGUGGUCGACGUUCAAAUUAAACGUUCGUAUUAACGCUGUGU